AUGGUUUGUUUAUAUUCGUCUAUUUCAUCGAAAAAUAGGCACCGCUGGUUACACCACAUAACCGACGAAACUCCUGUGUCUCAUCCACCAACUGUUUACAAGUGGUCUGCUGAACACUCUGAAAAUUUGACCUUGCAGAAGGACAAGAAGUACAUACCUUACUCAACUACUCGUCCAAAAAUUGAACCUUGGGAACCACCGAAGUUACGUUCGUUGCCGAUUCAUACACAACCGCGAACUGAGCAUCGACGAAGACACAUGUCAAUCAAAAAGAUACAGAAAUAUAGAAUGGAAUAUAAUCAGUACCAAAUUGUUGAGUCGGUUUUCCGAGAACUGCAACGGAGCCUCCAGAGGCCUAAAUGAAGCCGAAGAGUCCUAGCCAAUCAGAGCAUGAUGAAGCAUUUUAGAAUAUCAACGUGGCGUACUACUAUUGGUCAGUAGCAUAAUAUGUCUUUAGCGGAUUGGCCAAAAUAUAAUGUUGAUUUAACAAAUGUUAACAUCUAUAAAUACCCAUGUUUUUCUGUACAAAAAUGAACCUUUGGAGUAAAGUGUUUUUUGCCAA